GUAACCCUAAAAUCUGAACCAGUGAGUGACACAAGAAAAUAUCUAUCCAUUUCUCUCUUUCGAUCGAACCGCAUCUCAUUUCUACUCAACAAUGGCGGAGGAAGCAGUUGUGGCACCCGCUGUUAGCCCUGUUCCCUCAGAUGGCAAGCGCAAGUUCGAAGAUCUGCACCAAGAACCAACCGAACAACUUCCUCUCGAAUCCAACCCCAACGCCGGCGAGGUUGAGAACACCGACGAUGCUGCAGUUUCCGACGAGGGUGAGACCAAGCGUCCCCGCCUCGACGACAACGGCGAUGGCAUAGCUAAUGCGAAUGGGCAUCAAGAUAAGCAGGUUGCUGAAACAGAGGAAGAAGCCACCACUUUGGAGGAUGUUGCUAUCGAGGAUGGUCAAACUACGACCAAAGACGAUUCGGAGCCGGCUGGUAAUGAACAAACUGCUGAUGAACAAACUUCUAAUGAAAUCGGCGAGCAAGCUGAUGGCGAUGAGGGAAAAGAGAUUCCCGUUGAGGACUCUGGACUGGAGAAUGCUGAGGAGCCAGCUAAAGAAGCUCCCCAGCAGCUGUCUGAAGAAACUCCCCAACAGCCAUCGAAGGAGCCAACUGAGCUAGAUUCUUCUUCUGGAGAUAAGCAAUCCGAUUCCGCUGACCCUACUUCGCAUGACGCAGAGUUGCCCAACAAUAAGGAUGCUUCUUCUGGACAAGAGCAACCUACAUAUGGGCCUGAUGUUACCUCACGGAAGAUCGAAGUUCCUAACAAUAAGGUUGGAGUGCUUAUUGGCAAGGCUGGAGAUACUAUUCGUUACCUACAGUUGAACUCAGGUGCAAAGAUUCAGAUAACAAGGGAUGUUGAUGCUGAUCCUCACUCUGCAACAAGGCCUGUUGAACUAAUAGGAACUUUGGAAAGUAUAGAAAAGGCAGAAAAGCUAAUGAGUGCUGUGAUUGCUGAGGCUGAUGCCGGAGGUUCUCCUGCUCUUGUAGCUCGAGGCCUCUCUCCUGCUCAAGCUGUGGUGGGAUCUGAACAAAUUCAGUUACAAGUUCCAAAUGAAAAGGUGGGAUUAAUCAUAGGGAGAGGUGGAGAAACGAUUAAAAGCCUACAGACCAAAUCUGGGGCACGGAUCCAGGUAUUAAUACCUCAACAUCUUCCAGAAGGGGAUGAUUCUAAAGAAAGGACUGUCCAAGUCACUGGUGAUAAGAGGCAAAUUGAAGUUGCUCAAGAAAUGAUAAAGGAAGUCAUGAGUCAGCCUGUCAGGCCAUCCACUGGAGGUUAUGGUCAGCAGGCCUACCGCCCACCUCGUGGAUCUGGUGGUCCACCCCAAUGGGGUCAGCGAGGUUCUUAUGGUCAACUGGCAACUUAUGAUUAUCAGCACCGUGGGCCAUAUCCUUCUCAUAAUCAACCUUAUGCACAUUCACCAUAUGGAAGUUAUCCUCAACAUAUGGCUCCAAGAAGCAGCUAUGGUUCUGGUUGGGAGCAAAGACCUCACCACAGUUUGCAGGGGCCACCCUCACACGGUGGCGGUUACGAUUACUAUGGAGGGCAAGGGGGUCAUCUAUCCGAUGCUCCUCCAUCCACCCAGCUUCCCAGUUCAGUCCCCCCACAUGGCACUGGUCCUUCCCCAGCUCAGGUGAAUUACAAUUAUGGACAGCCACAAGGUCAGGAAUAUGGUCAUCAGGCACCUUAUGCUCAGGCAGGACAUCCUCCACAAGGUUAUGCACAAGGAUAUGGUGAAUCGAAGUAUGAAAAUCAUCCCCCUACUCAACAUCCCUAUGGUGGACAUAUAAAUCCUCAGCCGUCCUACCCUCAGGCCGGUCCUAAUUAUGCUGCACCGCAGCAGUAUGGCAAGCCGCCAGUAUAUGGCCAGCCAUCACAUGGACAGGCUCCACAAUCUUAUGGUCACCCUAGAGCUACUCAACCAGGGGAUAUACCAUAUCAAGGUUCUACUCCUGCCCAGUCUUACGGUACGAGCAUGCCAAUGCAACAACCAUAUCCAUAUGCAUCCUCUGCGCCGACACAAGCAGCAUAUCCUACUUAUGGGUCAGCACCAGCUGCAGAUGGUUACAAUCACCCGCCCGCUGCAUCUGGACCGGUCUAUGCCCAGCCUGGUGGACAACCUACUUAUAGCCAGCCAAGCGCCCAGCCUGCAGCUAGUUAUGCUCAAGGUUAUGGAUCAUACCCAUCUCAGCAAACUUACCCUGAGCAGUCAGCUCCUAACAAUGCAGUUUAUGGCUACCAAGCGCCCCAAGAUCCUAGUUACGGCAGUGCUGCUGCUCCAGCAUAUAGUGCAGCACAAAGUGGGCAGCCAGGUUAUGCUCAACCCACACCAACUCAAACUGGUUAUGAACAAUCAGCAGGCUAUGCAGCUGUACCUGCAGCAAGUGCUCCAGCUGCUGCUUAUCCCCAAUAUGACACUGCCCAAGUUUAUGGUGCUCCACGAUGAUCUUUAUGAGAACCAAAUCACAGUUCUAGCAUGUUCUAGUUUGAUGGCAUUUUUCAGCGUAACCUGCUAUUAAUUUUCUUGUAAUCUGUACUGCUUCGUAUUGACCAUGUACUGAUUUGUUUUCCAGUGCACUGAGAUUAUGAUAUCUAGGAAAUCAAAGGCGGCUUUGGCUUUAUUUUAGCAAA